CAACUUUAGGGAUCUUAUCUAUUCACAAACAGUUUGUAACACUCCAAAGAGAAAGGAAAAUGUGAAGUCGCAUCAUAUGACCCCUUUAACACUUUACUGAGGAACUGUAUAGUUAUCACAUGUGAUUGCAGACCGAUCACUCUCGUAUACAUCCGGGGCUUAUAUCGAUGUCCUGACUAUGUAUGCGUGUCAGGUAUAAAACAUUUAAUCAAUGUUCUAUACACCAGUGAUUCUUCAUAACAUGCUUUCAGAAUCAGUGUGCAGCAAUUUUAAGUUGUUAUCUGUGGCUAUUUUUAUUCUCUCCAGUCCAACUCUGUGUAUAGGUCUUAAUGACGUUGCUCACAGCUUGCUCAUGUCAUUUGUAAAGCAUUUUAGUGAGUUGUAUGGUUCGGAAUUUGUUAGCUACAAUGUACAUGAGCUAACGCAUGUUUCUGAGGAUGUCAAAAAACAUGGAAGACUUGACUUAAUAUCUGGGUUUCCAUUCGAAAACUUCUUGGGACAAAUAAAGAAAAUGGUAAGAACUCCACACCAUCCCCUAUGACGGGUUAUCCGACGACUCUCAGAAAUGGACAGUUCUGUGGCAAAUGCUAACAUCACAAUCUUCUUGAAAAAACAACAUGAAAAUGGCCCAGUCCCACCAGGUUUAAAUGAAGUUUGUCAGUUCUGUGAGAUUGUUAUAGGUAUCACUAGAGCUUAUCUCUCAAGUAUGGGAGAUAACUGUGAAAAAUUGGAGGCUGCAUUGGUUUAGUAAUGAAUAUUCUUCAGUGUCACGAGAAAGUUUAUGUGAUCUACAGAGAAUAUAAAUGCAUGGAGCCUUUCUUUCACUAUCCCAUAAACUCCAUUCAGAUAGGGGUCUUUUUAAUAGAUAACCUCUCACCUAGCUUGAAAUACAUAGAGCUAAAUGGAAAUGUAACAAAGUAUGUGAGGUUACCAUAUCAAGGCCGAUUUGUUGCAGUGCCUUUACUGCACAUGGAGUGAUGUAACUGAGAAUAAUACAGCACUGCAGCAUAAAGAUCAUUCUUUUCAUUUUUUAAAUCCAUUAUUCAAAUUUAGAGAUAUACACAGUGGUGGAGUUUUUAACAACCAAAGAAGUGGAGUUGGUACCGAGUGUUUGUAUACAGAAUGGAAGAUGCUGUUGGCCACAUCUUAAGGUAAUCUCAUUACCCUCAGCAGUCAAGCAGCAGGUGACUCCAAGUCUGAGUGUCCUGCGAAAUUAGAGAGCUGUUCACCACUGACAACUAUGGGGAAGGAAAGAGGAAGGUUCGAGAGGUUGAGGUUCAAUCUGACAUUCAGUCAGAUGCAGAGGAACCAGGCCGAAAAAAAAUCAGACGUAAAAAGCCACGCACUCGACAUUUGAGCUCUUUUUCGAUGGACUCUGAGGAAGAUGAUGCUUUACAGCAGGAUAGCACAGGUCUUCCUGCUGCUCCACCAGUCCAACAGUUUUAUCGACCCACAAAGGAGGUAACCUUGAAGACUAUAUCCCUCGCAGAAAUGCUGACCAGCAACCACGCCAUCUGGCAACCUGAGGAUUUCGCAUAUGAAUCUCCACAAGAGCCUACAAGAUCUUUGUUUCCAGAGAGUGAUGUUUCUUGGAACAGAGUUCAGCAGCCACCUGAAAUCAGUGCUAGUCUAAACUCAGUACAGCCUCAACAGACUGAGUUGCACAAACACCAGAGGACUCCUCAGUCUCCUACUCCUGAACUUAUUGUCUCACUAAUCCGUGAGAUGCUGACAAAGCAAGAAAUGAUUCUUGAUCAGCAACAGUCCAUUCUGCGCAUCCUCAAUGCGAAGCAACCCCAGGACACCGAUUAUGUGAUUGAACACGGACUUCUGCCGGUCAAAGACCUCCUGGCCCUUAAUACGCUGGAGCAGAAGUUACGAGCUGUUGAUUUCAAAGAAAAACUGAUCAAUCAUCUAGGCCUGGUUGGAGGGUUCGAUACAAAGGACACUGUGUGGAGAACAAUGCACCGAACUAUUUCAAAUGAUUUGGCCAAAAGCAUCAACUGGAGAGGGGUGAAUGGAAAAAUAUCCCUGGCGGCACUGCAAAUAAAGGAUGUUGUUAUUGAUGCUGUCCGAAAGAAUGUCUUCUCAUCGACGGCAACAAACAGUGAAAUUGAAAACGUGAUGAAAAGGUGGCUGCACCUGGCCUCAGACCGGGAUGGAGGAAGGAAGAGGCGCCAGAAGGAGUAAUCUACAUCUGCUAAGUUGAUUUGAGCUGUUAGGUUAUGUUGUAAUGAUCAGCCAAGUAGGUUGGGUCAAAAGAUUUAAAAUGGGGUCAUAUUUUACUGUGUGAGAUUUGUAAGUGUUAAGAGAAUGAAAUAAAAGAGAUAUGUUUCAAAAAGGUGUAAUUACAAUAUUCACAUGAGACUUUAAAACAACACAAUAAAGGCUGUUAAAAGCAUACAGUCCAUUGCACUAUACCCUAAAGAAGUGUCCACCAGUGUAUAUACAGUCCAAGAGAAGUGAUAAUCCAGGUGCUUGCAAAGGUGAGACUGGAGAAUACUGUGAGGUACUAAUAUCUACCUGUUAGGGGUAAAAAGGGUACAAUUUUCUAUACACCACAGACAACCCUGUUUUUUGUAUCGCCAUUACAUAAAAAUAUCGAAAUCCUUAGUCAGGGGCCGUGGAAAAUAAAGGUUGUCUCUUGAACUGCACCUUCACUUCCAUUUUCCCCAAUAUCCGUCUCUCCCUUUUUUCUUGUACCUGUCACUUCUUCACCAGCAGGUGUACUGUUAUGAACAGAGCUAUGUUGAACAACAUUGCAAUUUGUUAACACAGAUUGAUAUUUUUCUUGAAAUGACUAAAUGCCCUAGAUUUAACAAACCUAUAUUUCAUACAAAUUUAUUGAAACAUAUUUUCUAAAGUGCCUAAAUGUCAAAAUUAGUACAAUAUCUUUAUUGAAAAGUCCUAACACUGAACACACUAUUGCAUUAUUAGGUUGUGUUAUAUUUUUGUGUUGCUGUCUGCUCUAGCUCCCUCCCAUCUAAUAAAUCCACGUGAAUAUCUGUCUGCUAUAUUUUUUAAUGUAACUUUACAAUCGUUAAUGAGGUCCUUUAGCACAGUAUUCUGACUGAUGAUAAUAAUGGGGUGACACUGACAGCCUAACAGAUACUAGCAGUUUAAUACUCAACUAGGUUGGUUAGUAAAGACAAAACUACAGUAGUACAGUAUUUACAGAUGAAACUGACCUGCACUUAAAGCCCUGAAUAGGUCAGUAAUUUCUCCACAUUUCACUGCUUUUUCUGGCCGCUUCCUCACCUUAGAGUCCCAUGCAUCAGUUACUCUGACGAACCGAUGUC